AGCACGCGCAGAGGCGUUUCUUGUUCGGCAAAAGCACAUUUUUUAGCCAUUAAAAGCCAGUUUAUCUCCCAAUUUACCGGCUACAUUCCUAAAUUUAUUAUCAAACAUGAACAAUAUUUUAAAAGUGGCACAAAGACUGAAUGGCGUCAGAUCGUUGUUGAAUCCAAUGAAAAAUGGGAUAACCUCUUCAAUAAACCAGCAAAGACAAAUUGCCCGAUCUAUUUGGUAUAUGAGUAACUCCCAAAGAAAUGGAAUCAUCAAAGAAGUCGAGCACACUCAAUUGUGCAGCUGUGGAUGUGGUAGUAAAAGAGCCAGUCAUACCAAAGCUGAGAAAGAACUUGUUGAAUUUUUGACAGAAGAAAUCGUAGCAGAGAGGAAAGCACAAAAAAUUAAAACCAUUCCAACAGAGUUAGGUGGCUUUAAAGCAAAUUUAAAUGGAGCGGAAAUAACAUUAACAAAGACUGCAGGAGACGAAACCAUCAAACUAAGUUUCAAUGUAAAUCACAGUGUGGAUAGUGAUGUUGAGCCAGAGGUAAACGAAAAUAUGGAUAAGCCUGAUAUUGGAGAACUGAAAUCCAAACCUUCAUUCAAAGUAGAAAUAGUAAGAGGAAAUACAACAAUUAGUUUGCUCUGUUCAUACAUGAAUGCAAAUGAACAAGAUGAUGGAUACAAUGACAUAUUUGGCAUUGAUGAAAUCAGCAUUUAUGAAGGAGAAUGGAAUGAAAAUGUAUACUCAGUUUCAGGAGAAGUUUUAGAUACAUACUUGUAUGAUUUAUUAUUGAACUACUUGGAAGAAAAAGGAAUCUCCAAUGAUUUUGUAGAAAAACUCUCGAAAUAUAGUACAACAUAUGAACACUCAGCAUAUAUUGGUCUUCUAGAAGGAUUGUCUAAAUUUGUGUCAGGAAAAUAAGAAAUGUGCUAAGAUAAAAAUAAGUAUAAGUGUUAUAUUUCAUUUAAUAUUUGUGUUUUUAAUAAAUAUUUAAAUUAGA